ACAGAUAUCCCCCCAAUGUCAGGACGGUACAGAUAUCCCCCAAAUGUCAGGACGGUACAGAUAUCCCCCAAAUGUCAGAACAGUACAGAUAUCCCCCAAAUGUCAGAACAGUACAGAUAUCCCCCAAAUGUCAGGACAGUACAGAUAUCCCCCAAAUGUCAGGACGGUACAGAUAUCCCCCAAAUGUCAGAACAACACAGAUAUCCCCCAAAUGUCAGGACGGGACAGAUAUCCCCCAAAUGUCAGGACGGUACAGAUAUCCCCCAAAUGACAGGACAGGACAGAUACCCCCCAAAUGUCAGGACAGUACAGAUAUCCCCCAAAUGUCAGGACGGUACAGAUAUCCCCCAAAUGUCAGGACGGUACAGAUAUCCCCCAAAUGUC